UGCUAACUUCUUCCCCUGCCCUCCCUCCCAAGUCCCAACGCUACAACUCCGAACAAACACCCCAAUAAAUCCAACCAACACAUAACCACUCUCUCUCUCUCUCUCUCUCUCUCUCUCUCAAACGAAGAGAAGGAAGCAGCAAGGUACGCACAUGGCGGCAUCACCUCGGCCGCACACCUAUCUGUUGUUGCCAUCUCUGCUCCUCCUCCUGCUCCUCGUCGUCUCUUCCCGCGCUGCGAGAGUGGGAGCAACCGCAAGAAACCAGGCAGCCCAGGACGACCGCGGAGAGGUGGACGCCAGCGGCGAGGCGGCGGCGAGCUUCCUCAGCGCGGAGGCGGGGGAUGAAGGUUGCGGCGGUGGCGCCAAAGGGGGAGAUGGAGACGAUGAUGAGUGCUUGAUGAGGAGGACGCUGGUGGCGCACACCGACUACAUCUACACCCAGGGAGGAAACCACAACUAGCUAGCUAGCUACGUAGCUGGUACCCUAGCUGGGACUGAAAUCAUAGCAUCAUAUUUGUAUGAUCAAUAUGGAGAUUUUAUCAGUAAUUGGGCAGUUUUCUUUUUCUGGGAAUCGGGGUACUCGAUUGUAUAUAAGCUGCUAGAGAAAUCUUGUUGAGUUGUUUUGUGAUCUGCUGGUCAAGUCAGUGCGUUGGCUAGCUUGAGUAAGAACACAGGAAAGAAUCUUGUAGGUCACCCUUGAGCAAUAAUGAUAAUGCUACUGUUGUGUAUGGGUGAUGCAUUA